AUUAGCUACUAACGCUUUCAGUCACAGCACAACUUCGCUUGUAUUCUAGCUAUGAAAGGCAGCUCCUAGCAGUAUUUUAGAAAGCCCUUUAGUAAAUUGUGACGUUAUCAAACGUGGUGUUACAAGCCAGCUGUUCAAGUACCGUAAUAAUAACAGUGCCAUUGCAAGUGAGGCUAUUCUAUCGUUCAUUUAAAAGGAGUUACUUAUCCUAAAGUUCGAGCAAUCUGUUGUUACGUUGGUAGCCAACAGCAACGCAACUAUCUAUCUGAAUUUUGAAUUUCCUUAUACAGUAAUUGGUGUUUUAUUUUGAGAAGAUCAAAGGAAAAUAUCUAACUUCAAGCAUGCCUCCUAAGAAGAAAACCAAGGGAACCGUAAAAAAGAGCAAAAAGAAGUUAGAUGGAGGAGAUGAACUGGAGCUGAAAUACAGACGCAGUGUUCUGGACGUGGCGGUUCUGAAGGAACAUCUGGUGUUGCGCAGGGAGGUGGCACGCCAGGCUCAAGCCAGCAGCGAGGAGCUGAAGUCCAGGAUGAGGGGAUUGGAGCAGGAGCUCAGUGAGGAGAGAGAAGAAAAGAAGGACAUCAAUGCAGAUCUCACUCGCCAGUACAAGUCGAUGAAGACUGAGCUGGGGGUCAAAAUUCAGAAGCUGGAGACAGAGGUCACCACAUUCCGGGAGCGACUGGGUAAGUGCCAGGAGGAACUGAAGAUGGAGAAGGAGGCUCGUGCAAGGGUGGAGCAGGAAAAGGAGACCUCCAUCUCUGAGCUGAAGAGCCAGCUGAGUCACAUGGAGGCUGGAUACCAGAAGAUCCUGCAUGACAGUCUGGACAGCCUGCUGGCUCAUCUGGCUGACACGCGGCUGCACUGGGAGGACGAGAGCACUGCCAUCCACCUGGAACACAAGGAGCUCCUUUCCAGCUUCGGACUGAAACCCCUGCACCUCUGAGCUGGCCCGAAACCCAGAGUCACCACACACGUCAGGAGACAGAGGUCAGACUCUGGCACAGUGCUGCUGGGCUCUCCACUUUGUAGUAUUGCUCCUGCGAAAAACAUGUCCCCAGGGAAGCAUCGUGUCAUUCUGCACAUUUAAUUGCAGUCCUGUAUUAAAUUAAGGUAAAUCUGCAUACGGCAUGAGAAUAUAGCCAAAUGGAAUAUACCAUUAAUAUAAAUAUUUUAUUAAAGGUACACUGCAGGAUUUUUACCCUGAAAGUAUAAUAAAAUAAGCAUACUCAGUCAUAUCUAUGGUGCACUAGCAAUCUCUGUCUUUGUUCACAUUUGCUGAAUCUGUGCUCCUCUGCCUGUAUUUCUUCUUAUAAAAUGUGUUCGCGACA